CGUCUUCACGGUGCGUAAAGACAGCUCCACCACAAACUGCAGGGAAUUUGCGCUUUUCACUCUUUCACACGCGCUGCUCCCUUCCAGCAGCGGGAGGACACUCAUCUAUUUCCAACAUCCAACUCUCCAAACAAGCGGAUGCCAGAAAGAUGGACCCCCUCUACAACGCCACCGAGUUUUACGCCACGAACGGGACAAACGUCUCCGUUAACGGCAGCGACGGCUUCAACCAGUUCAUCCAGCCAGUGUGGCAGAUCACACUCUGGGCUGUCGCUUAUUGCAGCAUCGUUGCGGUGUCUGUGGUCGGUAACGUGGUGGUCAUCUGGAUUAUUCUGGCGCACAAACGCAUGAGGACCGUCACUAAUUACUUUCUGGUGAACCUGGCCUUUGCCGAGGCCGCCAUGUCAGCAUUCAACACGGUGAUCAACUUUGCCUACGCUGUUCACAACGAGUGGUACUUUGGUGUGGUUUACUGCCGCUUCCACAACUUCUUUCCCAUCGCAGCCAUAUUUGCCAGCAUUUACUCCAUGACGGCCAUCGCUCUGGACAGAUACAUGGCGAUCAUCCGUCCCCUGCAGCAGAGGCUGACUUCUACAGAGACCCGUGUGGUGAUGGGUGUGAUCUGGAUGCUGGCUCUGCUUCUAGCCUUCCCUCAGUACUACUACUCGGCUACUGCCCUGCUGCCUGGACGCACCGUCUGCUACAUAGACUGGCCUGAAUACACCACUGUGGACUUCAAAAAGAUAUAUUAUGUGUGUGUGACACUGCUGAUCUACUUCCUGCCCCUUUGCGUAAUGGGAUGUGCGUACACGACCAUAGGUGUCACCCUCUGGGCAAGUGAGAUUCCUGGAGACUCCUCUGAACACUACAAAGAGCAGCUUUUUGCCAAACGCAAGGUGGUAAAGAUGAUGAUUGUGGUUGUGUGUACGUUCGCUGUCUGCUGGCUGCCCUAUCAUAUCUACUUCUUACUGCACCAGUUCUUCCCCGAUUUAUUCGAACAGCGCUACAUCCAACAGGUGUACCUGGCCAUCAUGUGGCUGGCCAUGAGCUCCACCAUGUAUAACCCAAUCAUCUACUACUGCCUCAACAGCAGGUUCAGAGCAGGUUUCCAGCAGGCGUUUUGCUGCUGUGCUCCCACUGUCGGCAAGGAGGAGCUGGAGCUCAAAUCACCGCGCUACCUGCAAACCCAGGUGAGCAUAUACCGAGCCAGUCGGAUGGAGACUGCAGCAGCUGAGCAGAGGAGGGCAGAGCUGCCGUCCUGCAGCCCUCUCAGCCAGCCUCACGUGGAGGUCACAUCCAACGGCUCAGAGACGUUUACGAAGAGUCCGAACAGUUCUACACAGUAGAGCAAACACCAUUAGGUGGUGUGGGAACAAAAUGUCGACGUGUGACGAGCUGCCAUCGGCUCGCUCUUACUGCUCUGAAGACGCCGUCGCGGUCAGACGCUCGAGUGCAUUAAUAGCCCACGGAUGCCUGCAUCCUCAGUGGGUCGGGAACUGUGUUGGAAGUUAAAACCAGUGGUAAAAAGUAACAACUUAAGUACAUUUACCCAAACACUGUACUUAUGUACAAUUUUGAGGAACUUGUACUUACAUUAGUAUUUACGUUUUAUACUACUUUAUAAUUUUACACUACGUUUCGGAGGCAAAUAUUGUAAUUUUUACUCCACUACAUUUAUCUGACA